AAAGCCGCUAACUUCCGUCCGGUGUUCGCGGAGCCGGAGUUUGGAGGCGAUAAGGAGACAAAGAGUCCUGCUUUAGGUUACCCCCCACUGGCCCCAUGGCUUCCAUGCAGAUGGAUCCUGAGCUAGCUAAGCAACUCUUCUUUGAAGGAGCCACUGUUGUCAUUCUGAACAUGCCCAGGGGGACAGAGUUUGGCAUUGACUACAACUCCUGGGAAGUGGGUCCCAAGUUCCGGGGUGUGAAGAUGAUCCCCCCUGGCAUCCACUUCCUCCACUACAGCUCUGUGGACAAGGCCAAUCCCAGGGAGGUGGGCCCUCGGAUGGGCUUCUUCCUUAGCCUGAAGCAGCGGGGGCUGACUGUCCUGCGCUGGAAUGCGGUUCAGGAAGAGCUAGACUUGUCUCCUGCUCCAGAGGCUGAAGUAGAUGCUAUGAGAGCUAAUCUCCCAGAGCUAGACCAGUUUCUGGGACCUUACCCAUAUGCUACACUCAAGAAAUGGAUCUCCCUCACCAGCUUCAUCAGUGAGGUCACUGUGGAGAAGCUGCAGCCUGAGAGCCGGCAGAUCUGCGCCUUCUCAGACGUGUUGCCCGUGCUUUCCAUGAAGCACACCAAGGACAGGGUGGAGCAGAAUCUACCCCUCUGUGGCACUGAGUGCAAAAGCUACCAGGAAGGCCUAGCCCGGCUGCCAGAGAUGAAGCCCAGGGCUGGGACUGAGAUCCGCUUCUCGGAGUUGCCCACUCAAAUGUUCCCAGCAGGUGCCACACCAGCAGAGAUCACAAGGCACAGCAUGGACUUGAGCUAUGCCCUCGAGACUGUGCUCAGCAAGCAGUUCCCUGGCAACCCCCAGGAUGUACUUGGCGAACUCCAGUUUGCCUUUGUCUGUUUCCUGCUGGGCAAUGUGUAUGAGGCGUUUGAGCACUGGAAGCGGCUCCUGAACCUGCUGUGUCGCUCAGAAGCCACCAUGGUGAAGCACCACAGCCUGUACAUCAGCCUCAUCUCCGUCCUGUACCACCAGCUUGGUGAGAUCCCUGCCGACUUCUUUGUGGACAUUGUCUCCCAGGACAACUUCCUCACCAGCACCUUACAGGUUUUCUUUUCUUCUGCCUGCAGUAUUGCUGUGGACGCCACCCUGAGGAAGAAAGCAGAAAAGUUCCAAGCCCACCUGACUAAGAAGUUCCGGUGGGACUUUGCUUCAGAGCCAGAGGACUGUGCCCCAGUGGUGGUGGAGCUCCCUGAGGGCAUCGAGACUGCCUAACUGCAAAUCCUGAAGCCAUGGGAGACCCAUGUGGCUAACAACCCGGUUCCUCACAUAUUCAUCUGUCCUGGGAUCUCCAGCACAGAGAUCCAGUCAGGUCCUAUAAAGAUGGAACUGGAAUCCAGUGAAUACAUUCUGUGUGGCUCCUUUAGCCUGGCCCUGGUGCUGAAUUUCAGAGAAAGGUGGUCCAGAUGAAACCUGCCCCAGCAGCAAUCUAAAUCCUUUCUGAUGGUGAGAAAAUGAACCGUAACUCCAGAAGACCUAGCUGCCCAUUCCGUCGCUGGUUAGAGGAGGAAAGAAGAAACCUGCUCCAUCCUAGGGUCUGUGGCAGUUAGUCAGUGAAUUUUUAAGGUAAUGUAGGUUUGCAGUUGAAUUUGGAUUGUACAGGAUUUCGGCUGCUCCUGGUUGAGCAGAAGGAAAACUGUCAGAAAAUGGGCCAUUGAACUCUCAGGAGCCUGGAAGGGAUGACAAGGAAGAUGGUGCGUUGAGUGUGACAGCUGGUUGACAUCAGUUUUUUCCUCCCAAGUCCCCUUCUGCCUAGAAACCUCAGUGGUUGAUACUCCAGAAUUGGCCCCUGGUCUUGGGGACCCUGCUGGUACUAUCACAUUUCAAUCUGGGGCCUCACACUCUGAAGUGGGACAUGGAAGCCUCCCACAUGUUCCCAUUUUUCACUAAGGCUACCAUGACUUUUCUGAAGACUUAGAAACCAACAACAAAAGGAAAAGUUCUUGCUCCAAGCCUGCUUCUUAGGCCCUAUUAAACUUCGGCCUUUUCCUCAGAGCCAUGGAGAUAGCUGGGUAGCUUAAAAUUAUCCCUGGCCCUCUGUGGGGUUCUCAUCGGUGUUGUCAUGUUUCUGGGGUUAGGGAAUCUUGAGGGCACACCCAUUGUGCUAUGUGGGCAGAGUUCUGUCUCAAAAAAACGGUUCCCAGGCCCUCCACCCUGACCUCAGGCUGUUUGCUAUGCUCUGGAAUCCCAGUGCUAUCCUCUUCUGAGGCUCAAGCUCACAGCAGGUCUCUGAAUGAGAGCCCUGCUGUUUAAGGCUUUUGGUUCCUCUUGUUUCCUUGGAGAUGUUUUUCUAAGAGCAUAACGCACAUUAAAGUCUUUGAGUUGGGACUAA